GGGUAUCCUCGCUUAGAAAUCAGCUCACGCAUGUCUAAUAAAUCAACGACCACCAUUCAUAAGAAUGGCAAUAAGAAUUACGGAACUCUGACUGAUAGAGAGGAAAACAAGGAUGAAAGUAGCAAUAGGUCAGAUUCUAAUCAUGAUUAUCUGGAUGAAGAUAGUAAUCCUGAAAUGAAAAUUGAUUCAGCACUUAACCAGAUCAAGACUUAUAGACUUUUCUUCUUUAUUGGGAUUAUUCCAAUGAUCCUUUCCUUUGCUUUCAGUGAUCUUAUAGUGGAUAGUCUGAAUUUCUUAGAGCUGCUUCCAAUGGGGUUAGAAUGUCAGACCUCGAAACUAAACUAUCAAGGAGACACUGUAUGGGUACCUUGCUCGAUUAACCGCAUUUGAAAUCAAAAACAUGGUGAUAAUAUUAUCAGGAAUGAUAAAGGAAUAGCAAUAUCUCGUAAGGUUCAAGGAGACUACUAUGCUCUCCAGAAUUGGGUUGAGAAAAUGGAAAUAGAAUGAAAAAAUAGUUUCCAAGUUGGUGCGAUUGGGUCAGCUGCAUUUGUUGGUAUGACAAUUGGCUCAAUAGUUGGUGCAGCCCUCUCUGCCAAGUAUGGGAGAAAGUUCAUCUACAUUGGAGGACUCAUCCUCACAACCCUAUCUCUUGUGAUUGUUACUAUUAUUCCAACAUACUACACAGGAAUGUUCGCUCUUUUGGUGUACGGGAUUGGUGUAUUCCCAAGGAUGACAAUCGGAUAUGUCUAUGCGCUGGAGGUCACUCCAGAAAGAGCAACAAGAACUCUUGGAAUGCUUAUGUUCGUUGGAGAAUGUACUACAAUUAUUUUCUCAAAUCUCUAUCUUGUACUAGGAGGGAGAAAUGCUUUGUUCUUUGUAUGGAUAUCUCUUGGAUUCUCUAUAUGUCCUUUGCUCUGUAGUGUGAUUCUUCCAGAAAGUCCUAAAUAUCUUCAUUCAACAAAGGACUAUGAUGGAGCGAAGAAGAGCUUGCAAAGAUUAGCGGUUCUUAAUAACCAAGCAGAUGAAGAUUUCUCCCAGAUAAAUCUUGAGAGGACAGUUUCUAAUUCUGAGUACUCUGAGGAAGAAAACAGACCGCUUUUGUUCGGAUUCUUAGACCUUUGGAAAGACAAAACCUCCCUCAGAAAUACUAUUGCCAUGGCUUAUUUGUGGGGGUUUUAUACAUUUGGGCAUCAUUGUCUCAUCUUCAUGGAAAAGUACUUCCCUGGUGAUAAGUAUAUGAAUGGACUAAUGAUUGCUUUAGCAGUUACUGUUGCACCUUUGUUGACUAGGGUGUUCCAAAUUUAUAUGUCAAGUAAGAGCAUUUAUGUGAUAUUUUCAUGACUUUCAAUUCUGUUUAGCGGGCUUCAUAUAGUUGCAUUUGCCAAUGAUUCCAUCCCUGCGCUAGUGAUGGUGGUACUCGUUGCUAUCUGUAUUGAUGCCAUUGGAUUCACCAACUAUUAUGUGGAGUUUGAAUAUUUUAGUCCAAAAAUUGCUACUCUGGCUUAUGGUAUUUGAUCUUUGGCAGGAAGAGGCUCAGCGAUAUUCGCUCCGAUGGUUGUUGAAGAGUUCGAUGAUACAAUGUUCAUUUUCUUUUUUAUGUCAAUAAUAGCACUGCUAAGUAUCGGGUUCAUAAAGAAACCUUAUGACGGAGAAGUGAGGUUUAAAGGGCAAGAUAUUGAUGAAAAAAAGAUUAAAGAAAUGAAUUGGUAGAUAAAGUAUUGUUAGAUUAUCACUAUAAAUCUUUC